AUGGAGGCUGACGGCAAGCAGUUCAAGAAGGCGUCUCAGACGCUGACGCGCUCGUCGCAGGAGGUCAACCGCCCGACCGUGACCGACCACAAUAUCCAUGAGGAUUUCAUCCGCAACCCGCCUAACAACGAGCCCAUCGAGUUCACCCACACCAAGACGCGUGGCCUGAAGGAGGGCGCGAAGGAGCCUGAGCCGUAUGAGCCGGGUGUGACGGGCCACGAAGGCAUUGGGCGACCGAAGCACGCCGAUGUGGAGGGCGAGGCGGUGCAGGAGGGGUCGAUCCACCCGCGGAACCCCGGCUCGGAUACAAACGUUCAGGCAUCUCCAUCCAAUCUCGGGCUGCAAUCCAAGGAGAAUGGCAAAGGAAUACCGACUGUUGCACCCAACACUUUCAAAGGAUAUCAUGAACAUCUCCCGACGUACGCCUCGCUUGACAUCGACUACGAGCAGAAAUACGCGCCAGAUGCCCCAGGCGAAGAGCUCGGCGCGCAGGCACGUGUAUGGAGCGUCUACAACGACGAAGCACGGAUCGCGGAUGCGGAGAAGGCCGGCCUUUUCUCGUCCGUGGUCACUACCUUCGUCGCGCAAAGCUCACAGAAGCUCGAUUCGGACUACUUCAAGAUCACAGCCUCCCUCUUGGACGAGCUCACGCGGCUGCAGCGCGCGGCUGCGAUAGGUGCCAGCGUCGAAGACAUACCAGUCUCCCCCUUAUCCAGCACCUCGGAGACGCAGACGCGUACGGAUGUGUGGGUAAAUGGCCUGUGGCUGGUCAGCCUUACCUUCUCCCUGCUGACUGCCCUGAUCUCGGUUCUUGCGAAGCAAUGGAUCCAGCACUACGGCUUGUUGAGAAAUGGAGCUCCCCGUGAGCGCGCCUAUGUCCGACAGUACCGUCUCUGGGGCUUCGAGCGCUGGAAGAUACCCAUCAUCGUCGACUUCCUGCCGGUAUUGCUUAAUAUAGCCCUCCUACUUUUCUUCGCAGGUCUCGCUGUUUACAUCGCACCGCUGAACACACCCAUAGCGUCCGUUAUUAUCGGCCUCUCCGCGACUGCCUUUCUCGCAUAUGCCUUUACAACUGUCUUGCCCAUUUUCGUGUCUCAUUGCGCGUACAAGACGCCGGUGACUGACUACAUCAUCGUCCUUGCCCAUCUAACGCACGAGUAUCUGAUUCUGUUCCUGCUCCGACCAGCGGCCUUCCUCUGCGAUAGCCUCUGGACACUGGUCGUUCAAAAUCGCCCUCACCGACGACUACCUCGCAUGCCAUGGGCUGCGUAUCACUAUGAUCCUAGCUCAAUGACCUCGCGCGAGCAAUCCGACAUUGAAGAACGGGAGGACUUCAUCGUUGUCGAGGCGCUCCAUUGGCUUUGCACAUCCUCCGCCAACACAUCAGCUGCGAGCGUAUCGGCCCAGUCCGCAUCUGCCCUUCCCACAAACUCCUCGUCUCUUCGCAGCUCGCGCUGGAUCGCCUGCCGGACGGCCGAGCGCGAGCUCUCCGCCCUGGGCCGGAGAUGUUACAUGGCCCAAUCGCCCGCCGUCGCCUUGGCCAACAUCGACGCCAUCGAGCGCCUCACUCGGACGGUCGUGCACUUCCCGUACGAGCUUGCGCGCAUUUCGGGCGUUUGGAGCACCUCGCUCUGGACACACCUGUACGACGCGCGCGAUCGAAUCACAUCGCCAACGGCAUCCGCCCUUCUACGCAUCGCCCUCCUCGAGCGGGCCUGCUCGCCCGACAACCGCCCAUCCACUCUCCAAAGUGCGCAAUUUGCGGCGGACUCCACUUUCUUUGCGAAGGAGGGCUUGCGACUGCACCCCACGGUAUGGCGCCAGCUAGAUCGCGUGCUUCAACGGGGCAUCCACGACGAUGAAGAUCCAGCCUGGCACGCCAGGUGGCGCGAAUACUUAUCACCCUCAGCGAAUAUGAGCGCGCAUGUGGGUAUGAUGAUGGACCACGGCUCUUGCUCGACAUGGACGAACUACAAGUCUUGCUGGGGAAGCGACUCGAAUCGCGCAUGGGUCAAUCCCACUACCUUCCAACCCGCCCUCCAGUAA